AUGGAUUCGGUGAAGGCUGUCGUCUUGGCUUGUCUUCCGCACCCCUCUCCGCCAGAUAUCUCGGACUUCCCGUCCCGCGGCGAAGACCCUCCCCGCAUAGUCCCAUACGUCGCGGGAUUAUCCGACUGCUACGCCGGCGAAGAUCCUCCGGCCGCGGGAUCCGUUGUCCACCUCGCCGUCGAGGGCGCGCCCCCCGCAGCCCCAGGCGUAACUGAAUCCGAUGUUCGCUCCGACCAGCUCAGCUCUCUGCCAGAACAGCUUUGCUCAAACAUUGUCGCUCGGCUGCCACUACGAGAUGCCCUGGGUACUAGGGAAAUCUCUAAACGCUGGCUCAGCGUGUGGCCAUCCACGCCGCUGUCCUUGAACGACUCGGACCUUGCCGGUUGUAGGCUUGAUCACCGCAUCAGGGCAAUAACCCGCAUUCUGCACAUGCACCCAGGACCUUUCUAUUCUGUUAGUCUCUUAUUAACAUGCUUUGAGCAAGCAAAGCCCGUGCUUCGCGUCUGGACAAGGAUUCUUGCCAAUAAGGGCAUCAAAGAACUGUGUUUGGUCAACCAGCCUCCUCCGACUGAGAUGGAUCUUCCUUUGGAAGUCUUGAAUUGCGCAACCCUCAGACGCCUGUGGGUUGCAUUCUUCAGGUUCCCAUCCACCAGUGGACAUUUUGAAGGCUACCCUUCUCUGAGAGAGCUUGGUCUAUGCGCCACGGCCAUUGAAGCAUCGGACCUUGAACACAUGCUGCAGUCUAGUCCUGUUCUAGAGAUGCUUGCUCUUAUUGCAAGCUACGAUGAACCGAUGCAUAUUUGUGUCCACGGCCAUUCAUCCCUCCGCUGCAUGGUGUUGUGGAUGUCUAUUGCUGAUGAAAUUGAUGUGGAUAACACAUGCUUGCUUCAACGGCUAAUAUUGUGGAAUACUCGCUCCUCUGGUGGUGUACUUACACUGAAGAUUGCACGUUCUCCAAACCUGAGGGUGCUUGGCUAUAUGGAGCACAUGCUGCAUAAACUGCAGAUUGGUGACACGAUAAUUGAGUUAAAGUCCAUGCAUAAUGUGGCAUACCUAACUUUUUGCUGUUUUGAUGUUUACACUUUUGGUGCUGUUGAAGGCCGGGACGAAGAUUUUAUAUUGAUAUAUGGAAAGUCUGCUGAAUCUGAAAAGCCAACAGGCAAGCUUAAUCUGAGUUAUUGGCAGAGGCAAGCUGGUUCUAUUGAGUGUCUCUCGAGACAUGUCAAGAAAGUAUGUUUCCAUGGGUUCAGUGGGUAUAGGAGUGAGCUCGCUUUCUUGAGGUUUGUAGUUGCAGAGGCUAUGGAGCUGGAGCUCCUGGUGAUAACCCUCUCAACAAGCGUAAGCAACACUGCUGAGAUAAACAAGAAGCUUGUUGAUCUGGGUAAAUCGUACUGGGCAAGCAAAGACCCAAGCAUGUUUGUUAACCAAUACGGAAGUGGUUUCACGUUUCUUCGAGCAGCUAAUUGUUUGGUGGUUGAUCCAUUCUUCAGCAUGGAAAACUUGAGGGUCCCUUCAAAUGAUUCUUGA